AUGAUGAUGACGGCGGACGACCGCCAGUUCCGAUGGUUCUCGCAGUCCCGCGGCGUCUUUUACUUCGCCCCGCCCGCCAGGACGCUUGUCCCAGAUCUCGAGGGCGAAGAGGAGAGCCUGAUUGGGGACGACGACGGCCUCCAACACGCCCACUUCUCCAGGCCGUCUUUGCCCACUCAUGACUCCCACACCCCUCGCCAUCAGGCUCCGGAUCCGGCAGCGCUCCUAUCCGUCCAGCUCCAGAAGAUUCUCGCAGACCCGGGCGCAUACUUCUAUUGCUGCGACUUGUGCAUCUACAAACUGGCCUUGAAGCCCGGCGCACUUCCCCAAACUUGGGAGCCUCAAUAA